GAUGUCACAAAGCUAAGUGGAUAGAGAUUUGUUUCUGAUGAUUCAGUCAGUAGCACUGACCAUAACAGAUAAUUACUUACAGACUGAAUCAUUCAACACACAUUAAAGCCAGAUGGACCAUAGAAGAUGGACAUCGGCUCUCUUGCAAGCUCAUGCCUUUGUGAGGAAACGACUUUGCACACAUAGUUUCUCUGUCUCCUUGUUUCUGGAUGAGCUUGCAAAUGUGCCUCAAGUCACUGGAUGGCUUUUUUGUAAGGUUCGCUUGCUUGACGGCAGCUUUAAGGAGGUGACCGAGAGGUGAGAGAAGGUGGAUUCAUCCAUAUUCUGAAUGAAUGAUGUAAACCUGACAGUGGGAAAUGACCCUGCUUUUGGUAUUUUAUUGCCUUCAGUAAUGAAGUGUUUAACAACACUGUACGAUGGAGGAAGGAGAUUGUGUUUGAAUGUGGAGCUACUGUCAACAUAUCAACAGGGGUCCUCGGCAACUGCAUGUGUAGAGUUUCAGUCCGUAAGGACAGAAAGGGAGGAAGAUCUUACAAGAAGGUUGGCUACGUAGACUUAAAUCUUGUUGAGGUUAUUGGCUCUGGUUAUGUGACUCGACACUGCCUCCUGGAGGGAUACAUGAGCAAGCACAGCAAGUUAGACAACUCAUUUCUUAAGAUCGGAUUGCAGGUGCAACUUCUUCAGGGAGAUCCCUGUUUCAGAGUACUUGUGCAACCAACAGUGCCCACAUUCCCCACUUUCCCCACCUUCACCACAGCCAUGCUGAGUGAGGGGUCGGUAGUGUCUCCACUGGAGAGUAAGCCCAGUAGGGUUUCAGUGGAGAUCCUGAGAGAUCAGGUAGAGGUCAGUAGAGGGCCAGUAUGUGAGGCCUUGCGUCAGAACCUAGAGGGGCAGGAGAGGGCACUGGUGACAGAGCACCUUACUCGUCUAGAGCAAACCCGCGUGGAUGCCUGGGAGGUGGUGGAGCAGCUGUGCCAUGAGCUGCUUGGCUCUGACUUAGAACUCUCCACAUCUAUUGAGGAUGCAGGACUAGCACUUUAUGUCAGCGAAGAUGGCUCUACAACUCUGGGGGUUUCUCCUCAAGAGAACAGGGACUCCGAUAAUGGAAUGGAUAAUGUCAUCAUUAUGAAAUAAAAACUCCAUUUAACUUAAUGAGGGUUUCUGGAUAC